UGUCCAUCUUUGCCGCGUUUUAUCGUUCAACAUGUCGUCUUUUUGGAGGAAUUUAACAUCGUUACGACCAGCUUGGAGGGAAUUGGCGUCGAAUCAUUGGAGAUUUCUGCUGAGAAAGGUGGCCCCAACGAGGGCAGAGCAGCUUGAUCAAAGUAAACAAAUAGACUGUAUCCGUUUCUUUUUCUUGAUAUUUUGAUAAUUAUAAGUUUUUUUUUUUGUGUCGACUUCUUUCUAUGAUUAUUCUUACCGGUCUGCAACAUAGUACUAAUGUUCUACCUCCCGGUCCCGCCUUUAUCUUGAUACAAGUAAAAUACAAGUCGGCUCACGCAGCAUGGUAUCAAGAAGCCGUGCUAAGACCUCUGGUGCAUCCACUCGAAGGACGACGUAUCCACAUGGUGGGUGUGCAUCAUAUUUCAAAGGCGUCGGAUGUACUCCUUGAAAAGGUGGUGCGGGUAAAGUCGUCAUCCCUAACAGCUAUCCUCAUUGAAAUGGAUCAGAAGCGAACAGCGAAUCAGAUAUGGUACCAGUUCAAAAUGCAGGCACGACCCGGAUCCGAGCGACUACGGGGAAACGAAAUGGCGGUGGCGAGAGCGUUGGCGGAAAGAUAUAAACUUCUUUGCGUGGAUGUAGACAUUUAUGUUGAAAAUAUCAAAGAGAAUUGGGAAAAAGUGGAUUGGAACAAGGUGGAGAAGGUUUAUGGUCUUCAGGUUUUGUCAUGGAUGAAAGAUAUUCAAUUUGAAGGCAACAAUCCCAAACUCCGAAAACCUACGGCCAUUUCCGUGAAGCCCCUCCUCAAAGCACUCGUACUAAAUAAAUUACGGAACCCCAUUUCAAGGAAGUUGAUGGGCCCAGAGUUUGCUAAAGAUCUUGCCAACGAUCGAGUUUCACCUAUCGACAUUGAUAAAUUCAACGAGUGGCAGAGAAUGUUUACUCCACUUGACCAUUUGUCGACAAUAGUGUUGCGAGACAUUUACAUGGCUGAGAAUGUUCACAAGUUGUGCUUGGAUCUCCACGAAGCAAAGAUACCUGGCGAUAUUGUCCUUGUUAUUGGGAAAUCACAUGUCUCGGGCAUUAGGGCAAUCUGGGAUAAGGUCUGUCAAAUGCAGAUUGAACGGCCAGGGUUCCCGGAUUACGAUAAUACAUCCAAGAAAUGGUUGAGAGGUAAAAGUUCCGUUACGGCAGAUAAAAGUUCUGUUACGGGAGAUACUCGAAAGGUGGUUGGGCAGAAGAAGAAAAAGAAGCGAUGAGCUGAAUUGGUGUACGUUUAGUUGGGCAUUUAUCUAGUGUUUACAGAAUUUAUGGAUAGGCAUAAUUCAAAUAUUGAUACUCGCGUUAGUCCGC